GCAGCAGCAGCAGCAGCAGCAGCAGUCAGGCUGUGUGCGUACAUGGAGGAGACACUGGUGCUCUCCACUUCCCAGACCUUCUGCGCAGCUCUGCCCCGGGACCAGUAAGAGGAUCGACCCUCUGGAUCAUGGCGCAGACUGUGAGGCUGUUUGCGGGUUGUUUGUUGUUGAUGUUGUCGCUCAUCUCUUCCGGGGCGGAAGGGACGCGCAGCCGGCACAGAGUUUACUAUGUGGGGAUCAUUGAAGACGCGUGGGACUAUGCUCCAAGUGGCCAAAAUCUGCUCAACGGGGAAAACGUCAAAGAUGACGAGCAUGCAUGUGAGUUCCUGGAAAAAGGACCCCACCGAAUAGGCAGCGUUUAUAAGAAGGCCAUGUUCCGGCAGUACACAGACGAUUCAUACAGUGUACAGGCUCCCCGGCCUGAUUGGUUGGGCUUCCUGGGGCCCAUACUGCGUGCGGAGGUGGAUGACGUUAUCCUGGUCCAUCUGAAGAACUUCGCAUCCAGAAAUUMUUCUAUGCAUCCCCAUGGAGUCUUCUAUGAGAAGAAUACAGAGGGGGCGCUCUAUCCAGAUGGGACGUCAAGCAGGUUGAAGAUGGAUGACUCCGUUCCUCCGGGAGGCAGCUACACCUACCGCUGGGAGGUCAGGCCAGAAUUUGCCCCUACGGAUGAUGAUGCUAACUGCCUAACCUGGGUAUACCACUCUCACGUAGAUGCUCCUAAGGACAUCACCUCUGGACUUAUCGGGGCUCUGCUCACCUGCAAGAAAGGAAUCUUGAAGGAGACAAAGCCGGAAUCCAUCACAGAUUCAGCCCGCAAUGAUGUGGACCAGGACGUCUUCUUGAUGUUCAACAUAGUGGAUGAGAACCUGAGCUGGUACCUGAAGGACAACAUUCAAAGCCUCUCAGAUCCAGCAGGAGUCAUAGAGGAUGAAGACUUUGAGGAAUCAAACAUGAUGCAUGCCAUUAACGGCUACAUGUUUGGUAACUUGCCCGGGAUCAAAUUGUGCCAGAACCGUGCAGUAGCCUGGCAUUUGUUUGGCAUGGGCAACGAGGUGGACAUUCACUCCGCCUUUUUUCAUGGGAACACACUGCUCGAUCGCGGCCACCGCACAGACGUCCUCAGCCUGUUCCCCGCCACGUUUGCUACCGCUGAGAUGUUCCCGAGAGCAAGAGGGAAGUGGCUGCUGACCUGCCAGGUUAAUGACCACCUGCAGGCUGGGAUGCAGGCCUUUUAUGAAGUGAAGUCAUGUGGCAGUGAGGCCAGCGCUGCAGCGACGGGUGGGAUUGUGAGGAAUUUCUACCUGGCAGCAGAAAUGGUCCUAUGGAACUAUGCUCCCUCUGAAAAGGACCUGAUCAACAACGUGUCCCUCACUGAGGCUGACAGAGCAUCAGAGAUGUUUUUUGGCAGAGAUGGUGGGAGGAUCGGCGGUCAAUACAUGAAAGUGAUCUACAAAGAGUACACAGACAAUACCUUCACCGUUGUAAAAUCACCUGAUCCUGGACAUUUAGGAAUCCUUGGUCCAGUCCUGAGGGCAGAGGAAGGAGACACUAUCAGAGUGACGUUCAUGAACAAGGCUGAUAGAACGUACAGCAUCCAGCCUCACGGCGUGCACUAUGACAAACUCUCCCAGGGAAGCAGCUAUGAGGACGGUGUUGACAAGCCUGGCUCCCACGUUGGCCCAGGCGAGAGCUUCAUCUACACCUGGCAGGUCCUCGAGGGUCCGUCUCCAUCUGAUUCCCCCUGCAUCCCCUACCUGUACUACUCUGCCACUGAUCCCGCAACAGACACCAACUCUGGGCUCGUGGGACCUCUGCUCGUGUGUAAGAAAGGAGCGCUGAUGGAGAAUGGAACCCAGAGAGAUGUGGACAAGGAGUUCUUCCUGCUCUUUUCUGUCAUGGAUGAAAACAUGAGCUGGUAUUUAGAAAAGAAUAUUCAGAAAUUUGGCAUCAAGGAGACAAAUGUAGACGAUGAGGACUUCGUCGAGAGCAAUAAGAUGCAUGCUGUCAAUGGACGCAUGUAUGGGAACCUUGCCGGACUUGAGAUGUGCGCCGGGGACAAAGUUUGGUGGUACACCUUCGGGCUGGGCACAGAGGUGGACAUCCACGGUGUUUACUUUGAAGGGAACACCUUCAAGAAGCAGAGCACAACACGUGACACUGUCAGCCUGUUCCCUCACACCACUGCCAGUGUUUUCAUGCAGCCCGACACCCCUGGUGUGUAUGAAGUGAGCUGCAGAGUGACCGAUCACUACUCAGCUGGCAUGAGGCAGCAGUACAGAGUUGACUUUUGCCCAAGACGUCAAGUGAAGCACACGCACACACACACGCGCACACAGCCAACUAAGAUUGUGGAGUAUUUCAUCAGUGCUGAAGAAAUCGAGUGGGAUUACUCACCUGAUAGAACCUGGGAGCUGGAGAAGCAUCAGGCCACAUCAGAGGACAGUCCAGGAAGCAUCUUUGUGGAGAAAGGGAAGGACACAAUUGGCUCACGCUAUAAGAAGGUGGUGUACAGAGAAUACACAAACGGCACCUUCAGUGUUCAGAAGAAACGGCAGCCCAGUCAACAGCACCUGGGAGUUAUGGGACCGAUAAUCAAAGCAGAAGUAGGAGAGCAGAUCGUGAUCUCAUUCAAGAACAAAGCCAGUCGUGAAUACUCGAUUGGUGCACAUGGAGUCAGAGCCAGUGGCGCACACGUUCCUGUCAAACCUGGUCACAUACUCGAGUUGACCUGGGAUGUUCCUGUAAGCUCUGGUCCAGGGGUCUCAGAUCCUAACUGCAUCUCUUACGCCUACUACUCCAGUGUUGAUUUCAUUAAGGAUCUGUACAGUGGUCUCUUGGGGCCUCUGGUGAUAUGCAGGCCCGGGACUCUGCAGCGCGGGGAGGGGCCCGACAGACAGAGGGGUGACGUGGAGAAGGAAUUUGCUCUGCUCUUUAUGGUACAUGAUGAAAACCAGUCGUGGUAUUUGGACGACAACAUCAGGACGUACAUUGGCGCAGAUCCCAAUGCCUUCACAAAGAGUGAGGAAUUUGAAGAGAGUAACAAGAUGCACGGGAUCAAUGGCAAGCUGUACGGUAACCUCCAUGGACUGGUGAUGAUGCAGGGCCAGAAGGUCGACUGGUAUCUACUGGGAAUGGGCAACGAAGUGGACAUGCACACCGUUCACUUCCACGCUGAGACUUUCACCUACAAGACGGACCGUGUCCACCGUGCAGACGUCUUUGACCUCUUCCCCGGGACUUUCCAGACUGUGGAGAUGGUGGCCGGGAACCCAGGGACUUGGUUGCUCCACUGUCAUGUGACUGAUCACAUCCACGCAGGCAUGGAGACCACAUUCACCAUCAAAGAGAACGCCUCACAUGGAACAAGUGGUCUUUCCCCAGCACCAGAAACUAAAGGCUCCAUACAGAUGCUGCUGCUCCUGCUCAUACUCGGUUUCCUGGCCUGAGGUGAACUGCACUGAUGAGAGAAGUCUGACACUUGACUGUGGGACAAGAAUCACUGUUGGUGUGUUUGGAGAAUAUGUUCUGUAUAUAAAUAUCAAACACUUACCAGGGCAGUUAUGAUUUAUCUGAGACUGCAAUUCUGUAAAAUGUUCAGGAUCGUUUCAUUUGUUAGGGCUAAAAUUAUUUGUUAUUAUUGUUGCUAUACUGUGGAUUUUUUUUUUUUUUUUUUUUUUUUUUUUUUUUCUGACAUCUUGCACUGUGUUUGAGCAAAGCACUGCUAUACCAAAUAUUUUAUUACAGUUUUGAAAGAGCAAUAAAAAAUAUUGUUCUGUAUGUGUACACAAACUUUACUUGACGGAUUUCCACAAAACGUGGAGGAAGUGAUAUGGGUCAGGAAGGAACUGGAUCUGGGCGGAUUCAAUCCUUUUUUUUCACUUCCUUUAACAUUGUGAGACAUUUUCGUUCUCAGAGACCGAUAUUUAUGAGUGCAGAACCAAAUAAAGAUCUGGAUCCAGUGUAUUUAAAUGUGGUUUCAUAAAGGGACUGUUGGUGGAGUGGUACGCUCUCUGAAAGCCCCUCUAGUUUGUCUUUCAUGUGCUCUAACACCACAAGAUGGCGUUAAAUCAAAUUGAAAACAGUAAAUUGACAAGAUUUUUUUUUUUCUUAAAUAUGCAAUACUGUUCAACUCUUUUUGUAGAUUUUAUCACAGAAAACAUGUUAUACUCAGAUCCACAUGCAGAAUAUUACUGGAGGAAAUGUGGAGGUAUUUGUAUUUUAACAUAUUGAAUUCGUUGGUACUUCUGUAACAUAUCACACGAUUGCACCCUGUCUUGGAAGUGUGUGAUAUCCUGUGGUACCUGAUCAGAUCAAUAGGUGUUUUUGAUAAGGUUUAGGAAAUAAAACACUGCACCAGAUUAGCUGAUGUGUGUGUUUUGUAAUGAGCUUGUAAAUAACUGUUAAAUCUGGGCAGAUACAUCCACUGCAGCAUCAGCAAAACUGAGAUCAGCUGAUCAUUCAACUUCUGAUACUCAAACAGUCUGACUGGUUCCUCUAGGACUGAUAGAUCAAUAGAUCCAAUGCCCCAUCAGCAUGAGGAUAGUA